AUGGAAGGUGCCGCCCAGCUGCUCCGCGAACCCAGGAAGUUCGCAACCCGCUGGGCGGAAAACCCGAAGGAGUUGACAGCACUUCUGAAUCGGUUGGCAGAUGGCGGAGGCGACGUUUCCCAGGCGCUCCGCGAGCUGCGUCAGGCCGAUGUGCCAUUGAACGUCGUGCAUGUCAACGUUGCCAUCAAGGCUGCCAGGGGGAACUGGCGCCUGGCCUUGCAGGUGCUCGCGGAGGUGGCUGGGUGGAGAGUGGAUCCGGAUGUCAUCUCCUUCAACUCGGCGAUCAGCGCUUGCCGCAAAGCUUGGCCAACCGCAAUCUCACUGCUGGAGAGUAUGAGAGCGAACCGCGUG